CGCAAAUCUUGUUAAAUAUAGCAAUCUUUUACGUUUGUUUUUAAUGCAAAACACAAGCCGCAAAUUCUUUAAGACGUAUGUGCACGUAUGGAAUAAAAAAACAUAGUGCAUCUUCGAAAACUGCUACCUGCUGUUCUUUGGAUCUCCACUAAAGUUUUCAGAACAACCCAGUCAGUUGAUUAAAACUGCCGUUAGCUAUCUUGGACGCAUCACUGGUACCAAGCAAGUCGACAACACAAUGUCUUUUGAAACAGAAAAACAGAAAUAUCUGUCCAUGUCGUCAGCUGAAAAAAGGAAGCUGCUCAAGUCAGAGCCAGUGACUGUUGAUCAGAUUCUGACUUGGCCGGAUUACUGGAGUAAAAACAAAGACAGAAUUGGAGUGCUGUCAGCUGGUGGUGAAAAAGUCGACAAGUCUUUGGCUAGUAAGGUAUCAAUUUGGGAAGGUGAUAUAACUAAAUUAGAAAUUGAUGCCAUUGUCAAUGCUGCUAAUUCAAAGCUGCUUGGUGGUGGUGGUGUUGAUGGAUUCAUUCACAGAGCAGCUGGAGGGUACUUGAAGCAAGAGUGUGCAACUUUAAAUGGCUGUCACGUUGGAGAAGCCAAGAUCACAGGAGGCUACAUGUUGCCAUCAAAAUAUGUAAUUCAUACAGUAGGACCACAGGGAGAGAAGCCUGAAAAGUUGCAAGAGUGCUACAAAAACAGUCUCAUCGUGGCAAAACAGAAUGCUGUCCGCACCAUUGCAUUCCCUUGUAUAUCAACAGGAGUUUAUGGCUACCCACAAAAGCCUGCUGCUAGUGUGGCUUUGUCCACUGUUAAACAGUUUUUGUUGGACAAUCCAGAUAGCUUUGAUAGAAUCAUAUUCUGUUUGUUUUUACAAACUGAUAAGGAAAUUUAUGAAGAGUUGAUGCAAAAGUAUUUUGCAAUUGAUUAAUACACUGUUGAGGUUUUUCUGAGCUUUAAGUGAGUCUGAUGUUUUAAUCUGUGAAGUUGACUUGAAAAUAUUAAUUUCAAUUUACAUUGUACUCUUUGUAUUUAUUUAUGUAAUAAAAUUAUUCUUC